CCGGAAUUUUGCCGCCGUUCCGAGGGCGUCCAAAUGGGUCUCAAUUCAUCAUCAACAUUGUUCACGUCGAGGUCGACCAAGCGAGCUCAAAUCCAGCUGCAGGAUCUGCGAUAGUCUUCUGGAUCCUACUGAGAAGCCUCGCGAGGAGAUCCGCCCCCCUUUCAGCUACGCUCCCAGAGCGCGACACAUUCCUUCUCCGGAGCCAUCCUCCCCCCAUGACGCGAAUUGUACAUUAUGCGUCUCGAGAACAUCGAUGACGGGAGCAAGCUUCAGCUCGCUUGGGCAGAAACGCUCAAGACAGCUGUUGGUUACUUUCGAGCUCUACACGCUUCGUCCACGUCGUCAUCAUGGAAGCCUGUUCAGGUACCGCUGAUCACUGGCGCAAAUGGUCUUCCAGAGUCAGGUCAAAGCAGUCGCUCGAGUUCGACCUUGAGCCGUAUCUCUGCAGAGAAUGUAGUGGUACAUCGCCGAAGUGGAAAAUUGGGCGAAGUAUACAGAGCAGUGGUGGAGAUGGACUGUGGACCAGACAUCAAUGUUGAUUCAUUUCGCGGUUCACUCGUGACGCCUCAGACUCGACCGGUGUGGGAUCGUAUGGUGGAAGAAGCAGAAGUGGUGGAACUCUUGGACCCUUCUACUCGAGUCACAAGAACAAAGUAUCGUCUUGGCUGGCCUUCCAAUCCCCGAGACGCCGUCACGAUUUCUAAGACGUUGAUGAACCAACAGACGAUCAUCGAUAUCUCCACUUCCUUACCCAGAUCUAAACAUGAGCCGGCGUACUUACGUCCCGCCCCGCCGCAUGUUCGAGCUCAUGUUGCCCUCUUGGCUUGGUGUGUGCAGGUAGGAGGUGCCGAGGUCCCAGCCGGCAAGGCGAGAAUCACUUGCUUCUGGUCAUGGAAUCCAAAAGGGACUUGGGCGGCUGGUGGAGGUGUGCCUCAACAUUUACCUCUCUGCCUGGUCGGACUGGUGGAUCAUGUUCGGUCUGGAAGUGAAAGAGUACCUGUACUUUUGAAUUAUGGUUCCGACAUCAGUAUUGGUGGAGUCGAUUACGACACCGCACGAGUGACAUUAUCAGUUGGAUACGCAAUCAUCAAGGAUACAGAGACGGAGCGAUCAAGACAAAUCGAGUUCGGGGUCUCGUCAUCAGAGAGUUGGGAUGUCCAAGUCCAUGCCAAAACUCAGACCGGUCAAGAGCCGUCUUGGUCUUCGUUCGUUGGCAGAGCCCCCACAGUAACACCUGGUGCACCUCCGCCCAAACGCCUCGUGUUUCGACUUACGCAUGGCGCGUUGGAUCCGAACGAUGAACUGGUGCGCGUCAAGGUAUCCAUCGAGAGGACUUCGUCGAGUGGAACGCCGUCGGUGAGAAUCAAUGGGAUCGUUGUGGGGGUGGAGAGGAUGAGCGUCAGGUCCGAUCGGAGACCUUUGUUGGAGGAGACGACCAGUUCAAGUGCGCUGUCACUAAACACGAUCAGUACGGCCCAAUCGGAGGAGCCUAGUGUCGAAGUUCCACAGCCAGACUACGGAGAUCGAAGUCCAGCCGCGGAGAAGAGCAUAGCAUCGCUCGUCAGGCGGAAUUAUAUCUAUUUCACUUCUCUGCUACAAGAGCCAGAGGCCAAGUGGAAACCUGUCCUGGACUCUCGCGGAAUAGCCAUUCACCAACUCGAUUCAAUAGACAAAACAUUGGUCGUUUAUCGUGCCGAGGCUGUCUUUGUCGGCGUAGGCAUCUGGGACCUGUAUGCGACAAUAGCCAGCGGUGGAAGAUCCGUUGAACAGGCUACUCUGCUGGAAGACGUCAAUGAAUUGACUGAUCUCUGGCUGUUCCAAACGAAAGCCGCUUGGCCAGUAGCUGCUCGAGAUUCCAUCCUACUCCGGACGACCUACAAGUCGCCUUCUUCGGUCCACAUUUUUGGCUUUUCAUCUGACAACACCGACCUGUUUCCUUCCAUCCCACCAAGCUUGGACGCGAAUGUCAUCCGGACCCAGAUUGAUCUUCAGGGCUGGUCUAUCGAGUCGUUGUCCCCCAACACCACUCAAGUCACAUUGUUGGAGCAGAGUGACCCCCGAGGAUGGUCCAAUAAAUCGUCUAUCCCUCAAGUCAUGAUGACUUCCCUGGCGGGUAUUGGAGAUUUUGCUAUAAAACACGGUGCGCCACCCAUUGCAACGCGUCUCGCGGGAGCCAAGGCUCUUGGAUCUCGAUUCGAGGACGAAGUCUAUCGAUUCGAAUAUCAAUCUGCCGAAGCUAGACGAUCAGCCUCAUCGAGCACUGCCACCGCGUUCCCGUUUCCAAGCUCAGCGAGUACGUCAAACGGCGAUGCGACUCCAACUCCUGCCAAGCCACUGCCAGACCAUAUCGAGUGUGAGAUAAGGUGCGAUGCCGAUACUUGGUCGAAUAGCUUUGCGAUCACCAUAGAACCACCUCAAUACGGCAUAUCUGCUCUGAAACGAAGUCGUCUAUCGCCCCAGGGUGGAGGUCUUUGGCUCACCAUCGAGCAUGACCCGAAUGUCACUGAAAAGAUCUCCGUGGUCAUCGCUCGAGGUCCUCAGACGCCAAAGCUCUCCAUAGUGGUCAAUGAACAAAAGAUAAAGGUCGACAUUGAAGAGCUUAGCGAAGCGGAAGUCAAUUUGCUGAAGAAACAAAAGCGUUCACGCCCGACUCGAGCACCAUUGGAUCAGCCUGCGAGUUUGGGAUCAUUGCGCAAAGUGCAGAGUCUGGAAAUGUCUACCCCAUCUUCGAGAUACGCCAAAAUCGCUUCACCUAUCAAACAGCUCUACUCGUACGCUUCGGAAUCUACUCGAGCGGCCAUCAUACCCAUGAGCUCAACCUCGCCAACUCCUGCACCUGGAGACGCGCCUGUGGAUGCUGCGGUACGAGCAUUGAGCCAGCUCAUUCGCAUUCACAGCGAUAGAGAUGGCGAGUCGACCGACCCCGACGGGUGGCAAGCCGUUUCUGAGCGAGAUGGCCUCAGAAUUGAGAAACGCUUGAUCUCCCAUGUCUCAGAUACGUUUCCAGUGUAUCGCGCCGGAAGAAUUAUCGAAGGCUUCACUGCUGAAGAGAUUUCCGCCCUGGUCUCUUUACCUGAGAAAGAUGAACGAUUCGACCGACCAGAAUGGCUCCAAUCUUUCGGUCAAGGCAUGACUGUAUCUCAUCAAACGGCCUACACCAGCUUUCCUUUUCGGUCCCGCAGCGUCUUGCUCGCUUCAGUGAUCUCGCGUAUGGCCAAUGGUCCUCCACCCACACCUACCGCUUCGGACCGAUCACCCUUAUCCACCAUCUUUCACGCCUCAUCCUCGUCAUUUGAUCCUCAAGUUCUGGAAGCAGAUGCUUCAAAGUAUAAUCCUACCAAUCUGCCUUCAGCCCACGUCCUCUUGGAAGGCUGGAUACUCGAAACGAUCGACCCGUAUUCGCACGAGCAGUAUCCCAUCCCGUCAACACGUUGCAUGUACGUCGCAUCGGUGGACUAUAGUGGGAGCUUGCCUCUUUCUGUGAAUAAUAUACUCAACUCCGCCCUCCCGCGUGUCGUCUUGACGAUAGAGAACAAGCUCAAGACCCGCGGCGCGCCAUCUCGUCCUCGUUUACCGCCCAUGUGCGUCACUGCUCCCGAGUCGUCUUCGGAGGCGCCGUGGUCCAUUCAAGGGGAGUCGACGAGAAUAGGCAUGCUUCAGACUAGCGAGGCUCGUGGAGGUUUCACCAUGUCUAUCAUUCUCCAGCCGACCGCUCGAUCCAUGAUCUCGUUGAGGCAUAAUGACAGUCAAUUAUCGGUCCAAUCCCGAUCGACAGUCCAGCUUGGUGAGUCCCCUCGGGACUUGGUGGUCACAGAGAUCGAGCUGGCCGCAAGUUUCGCUGCGGCUGGAUGUGAUAUUCAGACUCUGGCCGUGUCUCUCCCAGUUGCUGAAAACGUAUUGGGACCUUGUCUCCCGUUCAGCCUGCCGCGGGAGACCGUCGACCUUCCGUUCAACAUUUCCAUCGUUGAGCUGUCGCCGACACUUAGUCUCGAUCCCGGCUCGCAGACUCGACAUCUCCUUCGGAUCACCUUGCCAACUUCUGGCUAUGAAGCCCCUGUUCACGACCCACUGAGCAGUCGGGCAUCACCGCUGCCUCGCCCACGCUGGCUUCUUGAUCUGAUCAAUGACGGCGCCGUGGUUCAGAUACGGCUGAAGCCUAGAUUGAGCCACGGCUAUCGGUACAAUCUACGGGACAUUCAAGUCGAGGAUGACGCUUCAGUGACGAGUGCGUCGCCUAGUCUCCCACGGCUCGUGGAUCGAGAUACGCCCGAGUCGAGAAGCUUGGCAAGACCAUUGGCCGUCGCGGAGGACUUGUUACUUGAGUCAGCCUUCACGGCAUUGAGGGACGACACGACGGAGAAGGCCAGUGAAGUCGGGUCUGUCAGGGAACCGCCUCCCGCAAAGGAACCACCGCCACCUAAACGUCCGAGCCCGAUACCGGAUAGACGCCUGUCUUUCUGGCGAUACUCGCGCUUCUCCCACUUUGCGACGCCGAUCACCACCCCUGUCAAGGUUGGACCGUCACCUCUUGAGAAGGUCAUUCAAGGCACGGAUCCAUCUUCUUCCACCAACGCUUUUACCGAACAAUUGUUCCGCCCUGUUGUCUCCUGGCCAGGCCUGGUCCUUGCUUGCCUGGUAUGCUUACUUCUCGGGAGUUUAUUGAGGUCUAUUUUGAGCGAGGCGGAUUUUGUAGUCUACUUGCCCGAUGGUCAAGCAGCUUCUCCCUCUACCUCGACAGAAACGUGGCGAGAGCUGAGAAGGUUGAUUGAGUGGCGAAUAGGUCGGAAGAGGGAUCUCAUACUGGCCAUUGCGAGAAGGAGAUGAGGGGCCCUUGGGUGCCAUAUGCAUCUGGUACCCACAGUGAA